CGAAGGGCAAUGGCAAAAGUUACUGGCUGGUCCCCAGGCUGGCACGUUGCUCUGCUGGCCGCCCGGACAUGGCUUUUGAUCCUUACUUUUGGCUUUAUCGGAGCAGACAUCACUUGCAGAUCGUGCCAGUGGCAGGUGCCGCUGCAACCGCGGCAGCAGCAGCAGCAGCAACCUCAGCAAGGAUUAUUAAUGCACUUGAGGACGGGACGAGGAGGCGAGGAGGAGAGGAGGGUACCUGUGGAGAAAAGAGGUGAGCGGCACGCCGGUGCCGGGGAGGAAGUGGCUGAUACUGGGAAUCGCGUCUUCUCGGCUUCGGCACCCGCCGAGGAGAGAGAUGCCGGACUGGGAUCAAAGACACAGACGGGAUCAGAGCCUGCCCCGAUCGGCCCCACACCGUCGCCGGCGGAUGUUCACCACCCCAGCCGCGCCAAGCCCCCCUCUGCGCCCCCUCGCUUCCCUGCGGGGUCCGAAGGGCGCCCGCGGGCCAACUCGGAGGCCACCCGCGCUGCCGGAUCGGCGCCCCCGAGAAAGAGCAAGGCGCCUCGGAGGCGGCGGCGGCAGAGCCGGAAGCCCAGAGGAGCUCCGGCUGAAAGAGACCACCAGCCGCUGGAGAGCAGGGAGCGGGCGUCCCCCGAGCAGCUGCAGGCGAAAGCCACGCGCUUCAGGCUGGAGGAGCUGAAACUGACGAGCACGACCUUUGCCCUCACCGGGGAUUCGGCGCAUAACCAAGCUAUGGUGCACUGGUCUGGCCACAACAGCAGCGUGAUUUUAAUUCUGACAAAGCUGUACGACUAUAACCUGGGGAGUAUCACGGAGAGCUCACUGUGGAGGUCAACAGAUUAUGGGACAACAUACGAAAAGUUGAAUGACAAAGUGGGUCUGAAGACCAUUCUGAGCUACCUCUAUGUCUGUCCGACUAAUAAGCGUAAAAUUAUGUUGCUUACUGACCCUGAGAUUGAGAGCAGUCUGCUGAUCAGUUCUGAUGAAGGAGCCACCUAUCAAAAGUACCGGCUCAACUUCUACAUCCACAGCAUGCUCUUCCACCCAAAACAGGAGGACUGGAUUCUGGCUUACAGCCAGGAUCAGAAGUUGUACAGUUCGGUUGAGUUUGGAAGAAGAUGGCUACUUCUUCAGGAAACAGUAGCACCAAACAGAUUCUACUGGUCAAGGAUGGGUACUGGUAAAGAACCAGACAUAGUCCACUUGGAGGCAAAGACAGUGGAUGGUCAUGCACAGUACAUCACCUGCAGGAUGCAGAACUGCUCUGAAGCUGUAAGAAGCAAACCUUUUCCAGGAUACAUCGACUCUGACUCCCUCAUUGUCCAGGAUGAUUAUGUGUUUGUUCAGCUAACAUCAGGAGGCCGGCCUCAUUACUACGUGUCCUAUCGGAGAAAUGCAUUCGCACAGAUGAAACUUCCUAAGUAUGCUUUGCCAAAGGACAUGCACGUUAUCAGCACCGAUGAGAACCAGGUGUUUGCCGCAGUUCAGGAAUGGAACCAGAAUGAUACGUACAACCUCUACAUCUCUGAUACCCGAGGGGUCUACUUCACCCUGGCUUUGGAAAAUGUCAAGAGUAGCCGAGACCUGGAAGGCAAUGUGAUGAUAGACCUUUAUGAGGUAGCAGGGAUAAAGGGAAUGUUCUUGGCUAACAAGAAGAUUGACAACCAAGUGAAAACUUUCAUCACCUACAAUAAAGGCAGAGACUGGCACUUGCUGCAGGCCCCGGACACGGAUCUGAGAGGAAACCCAGUUCACUGCCUCCUGCCCUAUUGUUCCCUACAUCUCCACCUGAAGGUUUCAGAGAAUCCAUACACUUCAGGCAACAUUGCCAGUCGGGAUACAGCUCCAGGCAUCAUUGUAGCCUCUGGUAAUAUUGGAACUGAGUUGUCAGAGAAUGAUAUCAGCAUGUUUGUUUCUUCUGAUGCUGGCAACACUUGGAGACAAAUCUUUGAAGAGGAACACAGUGUUCUUUAUCUGGAUCAAGGUGGGGUUUUGGUUGCCAUGAAACAUACGUCUCUGCCUAUCAGACAUCUCUGGUUGAGUUUUGAUGAAGGAAGAUCAUGGAACAAGUACAGCUUCACAUCUAUCCCACUCUUUGUUGAUGGGGUCCUGGGCGAGCCCGGAGAGGAGACCUUGAUUAUGACAGUUUUUGGACACUUCAGCCAUCGCUCUGAGUGGCAGCUGGUGAAAGUGGACUACAAGUCAAUUUUUGACAGACGGUGUGCUGAGGAUGAUUACCGACCUUGGCAGCUUCAUAGUCAGGGAGAAGCAUGCAUCAUGGGAGCAAAAAGGAUCUACAAGAAGCGUAAGUCAGAAAAGAAAUGCAUGCAGGGCAAGUAUGCUGGAGCCAUGGCAUCUGAACCAUGCGUUUGCACAGAGGCAGACUUCGAUUGUGACUAUGGAUUUGAGCGUCACAGCAAUGGCCAGUGUUUGCCUGCAUUUUGGUACAACCCAUUAUCAUUGUCGAAGGACUGCAGUCUUGGUCAGAGUUACCUCAAUAGCACUGGGUAUAGGAAGGUUGUCUCAAAUAACUGUACGGACGGUGUGCGUGAACAAUAUACAGCCAAACCUCAGCAGUGUCCUGGCAAAGCCCCGCGAGGGCUUCGCGUUGUCACUUCAGAUGGCACGUUGACAUCGGAACAAGGGCACAACGUUACCUUCAUGGUGCAGCUGGAGGAGGGUGAUAUUCAAAGGUCCAUCAUCCGGGUCGAUUUUGGAGAUGGCAGUGCUGUGUCAUACGCCAACCUCAGUUCGACAGAAGAUGGGAUCAAGCACAUCUACCAGAAUGUGGGGAUUUUCCGAGUAACAGCGCAGGUGGAAAACAGCCUGGGGGCUGACAGUGCUGUCCUGUACUUGCAUGUAAAUUGCCCUUUGGAACAUGUCCAUUUGUCACUGCCAUUUGUAACAACAAAGAACAAAGAAGUUAAUGCCACGGCAGUACUGUGGCCCAGUCAAGUUGGAACCCUAACUUAUAUCUGGUGGUUCGGAAACAACACUGAGCCAUUGAUUACCCUGGAAGGGAGCAUCGCCUUUACCUUCUCUGCAGAAGGAAUGAACACUAUCACUGUGCAGGUUUCUGCAGGAAAUGCCAUUCUGCAGGACACUAAGACGAUUGCAGUGUAUGAGCAAUUUCAGUCUCUUCGGUUAUCCUUCUCUCCAAAUCUGGACGAAUACAAUCCAGACAUUCCUGAGUGGAGACGGGACAUUGGCCGAGUCAUCAAGGCAGCUCUGGUGGAGGCAACAGGUAUUUCCAGCAAAAACAUUUUGGUGGCAAUCCUGCCAGGUUUACCCACAUCUGCCGAACUCUUUAUUUUGCCUUAUAAGGAUGCCACAGGAGGAGACAAACGAACAGCGGAAGAUCUGCAACAGCUUUCAGAACUAUUGGUCCAGAAAUUGAGCCAAAAUGCCAUCCAGUUUGACUUAAAGCCUGGGGUUAGAAUCCUUGUCCAUGCUGCCCAUUUAACAGCAGCCCCACUCAUAGAUGUCACGCCUAGCCACAGCGGUUCAGCCAUGCUGAUGCUGCUAUCCGUGGUAUUUGUGGGAUUGGCAGUAUUUGUAAUCUACAAAUUCAAAAGGAAGAUUCCGGGCAUUAAUGUUUAUGCACAGAUGCAGAAUGAGAAAGAUCAAGAGAUGGUCAGUCCAGGCAGUCAAAGUGAAAGCAUGCCUAAAGUCCCUCAAAGGGAGCUGAUGACCCCAGAGCAACUAGUAGAUGAGAAGUUGGAUACCCAGCCCAUAGGUAAAUAA